GCUCGUCCGCGAUGCUCCUCACUUUGUGCCCCAGCUCCCGCCACCGCCGCCGCCGCUGCCGCCUGGAUCGCCACCGCCACCUCCUCCUCUCCCUCCUCCUCCUCCUCUGCCUCGAAGCGUCGUUUUCUGCAGCUGAGGAGAGAAGUGCUAUGUCAGGAAAGUUCCGGCAGGGACUGAAUGGGGCCAUGCUCCCUAGGCUCUCCUGCGGGCGCCCGCGCGCAGCCCUUUGUAUGAGGCAAAAAGACUCCUGUGGAAGAUGGAACUCUUGGUCCGUUUUCCGGAGUGUGUUUCCAAGCCCAUCAAUGAAACUUGAUACUGCUGCUCUGUGUUGAAGUGCUUGAAGAACAUCACCUCUCCGCCGACGCCCUCCAUCCUGCUGAAACCAUGGUCUUCUCUGCAGUGUUGACUGCGUCCCAUACGGGAGCAUCCAACACAACGUUCGUAGUUUAUGAAAACACCUACAUGAAUAUUACGGUCCCUCCACCCUUCCAGCAUCCCGGCAUUGGUCCACUGCUUAGAUACAGUCUUGAAACCAUGGCUCCCACUGGGAUGAGUUUGUUGACAGUGAAUGGCACAGCCGUGCCCCCAACACCAGCAGUUUUUAAGGGCCUAAACUUGCCUCUGCAAAUCAUCCUUUCUGCUAUAAUGAUAUUUAUUCUGUUUGUGUCUUUUCUUGGGAACUUGGUUGUUUGCCUCAUGGUUUACCAAAAAGCAGCCAUGCGAUCUGCCAUUAACAUCCUCCUGGCCAGCCUGGCUUUUGCAGACAUGUUGCUUGCAGUGCUGAACAUGCCCUUUGCCUUGGUCACUAUUCUCACUACCAGAUGGAUUUUCGGCAAAUUCUUCUGUAGGGUAUCUGCCAUGUUUUUCUGGUUGUUUGUGAUAGAGGGAGUCGCCAUCCUGCUCAUCAUUAGCAUUGACAGGUUUCUUAUUAUAGUCCAGAGGCAGGAUAAGCUAAAUCCGUAUAGGGCUAAGGUUCUCAUCGCAGUUUCUUGGGCAACUUCUUUUUGUGUAGCUCUUCCUUUGGCAGUAGGAAACCCUGACCUGCAGAUACCUUCCCGAGCCCCCCAGUGUGUGUUUGGGUACACGACCAGUCCGGGUUACCAAGCUUAUGUGAUUUUGAUUUCUCUCAUUUCUUUCUUCAUCCCCUUCCUGGUGAUCCUGUAUUCGUUUAUGGGCAUACUCAACACCCUUCGGCACAAUGCCUUGAGGAUCCAUAGCUACCCUGAAGGUAUAUGCCUCAGCCAGGCCAGCAAACUGGGCCUCAUGAGUCUACAGAGACCCUUCCAGAUGAGCAUUGACAUGGGCUUUAAAACACGUGCCUUCACAACCAUUUUGAUUCUCUUUGCUGUCUUCAUUGUCUGCUGGGCCCCGUUCACCACUUACAGCCUUGUGGCCACGUUCAGCAAGCACUUUUACUAUCAGCACAACUUUUUUGAGAUUAGUACCUGGCUACUUUGGCUCUGCUACCUCAAGUCUGCAUUGAACCCACUAAUCUACUACUGGAGGAUUAAGAAAUUCCAUGACGCCUGCCUGGACAUGAUGCCCAAGUCCUUCAAGUUUUUGCCGCGGCUCCCUGGUCACACGAGGCGACGGAUACGCCCCAGUGCUGUCUACGUGUGUGGGGAACAUCGGACGGUGGUGUGAAUGUGGGAACUGCCUGACAUUUGGGCCAUUAUCUCCUAGUCCGUGGGUAACCCGCAUCAAGAGGAACAUCUGUGUAUCUACCAUUUGCCACCUCGUGUGUCUGCGCCGGGUCUCACCAGCAUCGGCUUCACCGUCUUUCAACUGGCAAAAUUCUGAUAAACCGUAUAGUUUCACAGUAGAACAAAAAAAGUGACUUAAUAUUUGAAAGUCUCUCAGGAGUCUGAUUCCUCUAAUAUUUCUUUUUUCAUGAGAUGGAAAGAGGUCCUUACUGUGUGUAACUUCCUGAAGGGGAUGAGAGGAGUGCAAAGAUUCACGUGAUUCCUGCUGCUCUGCUUACGCCAGUCCUGUUCAAUGGAAGCAUGAAGAAAAUAAAAUGACCAUUUUAAUCUACAUAUUUCGGUUGCUGACAAGGAUAUUUAACUUAAUUUUUUCUUGAUCUUUGCUUUUGUUUACAUGAAAAUAUUUAUGUAUAGAUCACAGGAAAAAAAAAUGUUCACUGGCUUGACAUUUUUAUUCUUCCAUGAUUUUUAGUUUAAGUUUAAAGAACUGCUUAAUUCCAAUUUAUUUUCACAACCAUAGUCUUCAUUGAAAACUCAAUUUUUAUAAUAAUAAAUGAAGACAUCAAAGCACAUGUUUGUUAUUACAGGAAGGUUGGUUUACAAAAGAAGGUUGUCAUUGAAUCUACAUCUGAUAGUUCCUCCUGAAAUGGAAAGUUCAUCACCCAAGCUUUACCACUAAAAAAAACAACUGAGCUUGUGGACAAAGGACCUCACACAGGCAGGUCAGUGUGAGGAGGCCAGGAGCAGCUGCUCCCCAGUGUGGGGGCAGGCGGUCUGUUGUCUGCAGUCUGGACAUAAACCUCCGAGGGCAUCUGAGCUGGGUCUCCAUACCCACAGCUUGUCUGGAUUCAUCUGAUGAACAAAGUAGCUGCAAAUGCACAGAAGACGUUUCUCUCUGAUGGGAAGAAAGAUGGAGUUUUCUUGGAUGACUUCCCCAAAGGGUGGAGGAGGACAUGACUCAUGGUGCAUUGAGGAGCAGACACAGAUGGACUGAUAACAGAAGUAAAAGACUGGCAGAAAUCUACAGCUUUGACAACACUGUGUAUCCGUUAAGUCAUACACCGCUGAUGGUGGCCAGUGUAGCACAAUGCUGCAGCACCUGUGGAAGAUCAUCUAGCAAUCACUACCAAAAUUAUAGCUGCUACUUCCUGCUGCCUCUGCAAAGGCCAUCCUCAGCCUGUCAUUUUCUGCGGCUCCACACAGCCCCUGACGGUAGAACGGCUGUCCCCAAGGUUACGGAGUAAAAACCAGAUGAGAUGUGCAAAGUGGUACGAGUGAAGUACACAGCUGUAAGGUGCUGAAGGAUGAGGAAAUGCUUCACUCAGAAGAAUACUGGAGAUAAAGAAAGAUCCUACAAGUUCCCAGAGAGACAGAAAAAUAAACAGUAGGAGGAGGAGAGGGAGGUUCCUACAAAGAGGAUCAAAAAUAAAAAUGUCACAGACAGAAGUAACACUGGAGACUAGAAGGAUGCUGCGUCAGCAAAAUGAGAAGUUAUAGCUAGAAAGAAGACACGGUGUCCAGAGAACAGAGGUUCAACUCAAGAGUUGUGAGAAGUGAAGCAUCAGGAUGAUGAAGCAGAAAGGCAAAAGGGAAAAUCCUUCAUGCCCUACAAGAUGCGUCCCAUUAGGAGGACCAAUCUUAGAGCAAGAGAGAUGCAGGAAAGAGAAGCCAACGCAAGUUUGUCUCAUUGCCCAUCAAGAACCAAACCCUUCAGAACCUCCUCCGGCUGUUGGCACAAUUCCAUGAGCACUACAGUUUCCUGAGAAGCCUGAAGCUGGCACCUUAAAUGUGUUAUUGCUAAAUAAGUAGAAUGUGAGACAUUACAUAUCCAGUUUUGGUGAUGGAAGAUACCCAAGUAAUCGUCAUAAAUAUGCAAAUAUUCCCACCCUGAGCUCUGUGGAGGCUCAAGAGGAUGGAUUCAGGAGCGUCUUCUGCCUCCUGCCUGCAGUCCUUCAUGAGCCUUGUGGGUACGGAGCAGGUCCACUCACCAGGACAAGGAACGUGGCUGGCAAAAUGACUGCUUCUCUCAGAGGAUCAGCAGCUUAAAUUUGGUGCCUUGGGUAGCAUCAGCUUUAUAUUAAUUUUUAGUCCUCCUUCACUUUUUCUCCUGCUGUUUAUGAAAAGGUGUUUUAUUAUGUGAUUUGAUUCUGUGUUUGAAAUGAAGGCAGUAGGAGUCCCAGAGCUGAAACAAAAUGCUGGCACUUGCAGCCCACCUGGGUCUCUUUCUGCCUGAGAUGACAGUGCCCAGGCCCCAGCUAUGACAAGGAAGGAACAUGUCAGGUUCUGAUCAUCCUUUGCAUCCCCACCACUGCAUUUUCUUGUAGAACGUGUUUAGUGCAAUUUAACAUUCUACUGUAAAGACAAUUUUCAAUAAUAGUUAUUAUUUUGUAAUUGGAGGUUACUACUGUUACUCCUGUUAAUGCAUUUUCUUUCCUGGAAGGAUACAGCACUGUCACAACAUGUCGAAAUGGUCAGUUUACUUUUCUCUCUCCUUCACCAUAUUUAAUUUUUUCCCCAUUGUUUCUGAAUCACCUGGAACUGCGAUGGGUACAGAGCAAACUGUUCAAUAAAUAUUGGCUGGAUAAGUGAAUGAUGAGGUCCUACGAAAUUAGUGGGACACAGAUGAUAGCGUUGCAGCCAAAUAUUUACAGACUUAGUCUGGUGAAAAGUAGUAUUAUUUGCAUGUGUUCUCCCCCACCUUCAACCUGCUCUUAGUUAACCGCAUCAUAUCCUUUGGAGAAAAUGAGUUUCUCAGGGAAGCCUUCUUUCAUGCUAUUUAUCUUUUAAGCUUUAUAAGUGCAGAGACCAAGGUGGUUUUUGCCCAACAUUCUAUUCCUGGCACUCAGUAGAGAGCCUGGCAUAUUACAGACACACAAUAAAUAUUUGCUGAAAAAUUA